GAAUAUGUUAAUGCAUUCUUAGGGGUGGAGUAGCACAGUGACUAUGAAAAGUUUGGAAACUCUCUACAAACUGAUUCAGCCAAACCAACAGCAACAGCCACAAUAGGACAGUUUAAACCCAGCCAAAGAGAAUGAGUUCUGACAGAACCAGAAACCCACCUCCCUAUAUCAUACCAAUAGAGAACAAGGGUGACAACGUCAAGGUCUACCAUGUGCACACACCGUUCACCCCACAAAGCUCCACCAUCGGUAAUACGCAAAUGGAAUCAGCCAGACCUGUUCAAGUCCCGUCAACUGAUGCCAAGAACAAAUAUGUCGGCUAUGAUUCAUACGAGCUGGGUCGCAGUCCGGGAAUGGCCACCUGCACUGCCUGCCAACAGCAAGUCUUAACCAAUGUCACCUACAAAGUGGGAUAUUACGCUUGGUUGAUGUGCUUACUUUUCAUCCUGUGCGGGUUUGUUUUAUUCUGCUGUCUGAUUCCAUUCUUUGUCAAGUUUUUCAAAGACGUCUACCACACAUGCCCAAAAUGCAAUAAGAUCAUCCAUAUUGAAAAGAAGCGAUGUUGCUCAUGAUUCCAACCCUACUUCACUCUCUCACGGAUUUGUGUGGCUGAGGGGGUCACAUUGUUUACCUACUGACCUGGUGGAGCAGCACACAAUAUGAAGGACACUUUCAGAUCAUAAGGGAUGUCAUCUAGUAAAAACUUUUGCAACCUUUGUAAUUGAAAACCAUUUAGCUGUGCAACUGAUUUAGUUUCUUUCUGUAACCCAUUUUACAUUCACGAAAUGAAUAUGAAUACUCAGGGUUUUGAUUGUUUCUAGAUUUUUUCUAUUUAUUGGUAAAGGCCUCAGGGUUAGGGGUUAAGAGUGGUUAAGGUGUCCGUCCACCUUUGUGACAAUAACAAAAACAAGAAACUUUGCUUGCACAAGACAGUGUCUUUGAUAAUUACCACAUCCACUGGAAUAAAAUUUCAUGUCCUGAGAUGUCCCAUUAGACAUAUUGGCCUAUAUCAGGACUGGCCAUUGAUAAUUCUGCAUAACGUUUUUUUUUUUCGUCAUUGAAAACGAUGUUGACGAGGUCAAACAGACAUACAGUCCAUUCAAUUGGAUAUUCAAUCUAAAUGUCAAAAGUCAUGUCUAAUUAUCACAACCAGUGUUUUCUGGAGUUUUUCAUCUACCAAAAUAUUUUUAGUAUGGUGUAUUUUUGGUUUUGUCAGCUGAACAUUCGACAAGGUAUUUAAAAGUACAACCCAUUGCACAGACAGAACUUCUGUCUCUCACAUCCUCGUUUUCAAUCACCAAAAAAUAAUUAUGGUGUCUACCCUAAACCUUAAAGGGGUCAUGACAUGCCUUUUAUUAUUUUAAUAUGUUCCUUGAAGUUCACUUAUAACAUUAGAAAAGUUUUUUGCCUAAAAAAAGUAUAUAUAUUUGUAAAACAUGAUUAUUUUCCACCUUCAUUUUGACCCUCUGUCAGAAGUUCUCUGUUUUGGUGCUGUUUCUCCAUUAAGACUUGAAAGUAAACGCCCACUGUUAUGAUUGGCUCUCUGUUCUUGACUGACCUGCUCUCUCCUUGCCAUCUCACUGCUAAACACUACUGGCGGGGUUACGGAAGUGAGAAGGGGUGCAUUCAGAUACCUAGUUCAGUAGUCAGGGCACUGAUCAGGAAGUCAGCCAUUUUUAGGGCUGUCUUGAUCGCAAAAUCAUUCCAGUGCCCUGAAACAUGAACACCCUUCCCAGUACCCAAAUUCGUGUCACAAUAUACCAAUUCACGACACAGGGAGCUAGGGAGCUGAUUGAGACAAAGGGAAGGUAAAGUAGGCCUUGAUGUGUUGUGGUGGAGGCGGUCAAAUGCAAAUGGCUACCACAGUGUGACAUCACAAUGUGAAUAUGUAGAGUCGUCGUCGUUUUGACAGCUUGGUUUCAACAAAUGCUGUUUAUGCAGGGAGGAAGUUUUUAAUUCUGAAACUUACAGUAUAGUUUUAUAGUACAAUGACCUCUUAAAUGUCAAAAGAUUAAGGAAAAUUUGAUUCCUCGUGUCAUGACCCCUUUACAGGUGCACUCACUAAUUCUUUUUGUUAAUAUUGCGCUGGUUAUCAUAACAUGGACUUACACUGAUAUCUAGUGGUGUAUAUGUAGCACAAGUUUUCAAUUACCCAUGGCUUUGUACAAAUGCUCUAUUUGCAGGCAGCCAUGAUUCAUGUAGUCCGUGAACUAGUGUUCAAUAACAUAGGGGUUAAUGAAAUAAAGCGAAUAAUAUCCGGCUGGUCAUUUGACAAAUCUGCCCCCAUGUGGCGACCCACUCCAUGUAAUUUAAAACAGGCUAUAUUGGUCUACAGAUACGACUUGAGUCAUCUCACGUGGGUAUACAUAAUCUUAAAAAAUUUUCAGAAGUACUUAUGUAAAAUUUUUCUAAUGUGGGGGGGGGAGACAUCUCAGAGAGCACCUUUACGUUAAAUAACAGUGGAAAUCACAUUGUCAAAGCUUACCUUCCAUACUGCUCAAUAUAUUUGCCAACAUAAAGUAUUACUCAAUUCUUCACUUCUGUAACAAUUCUCUCUGAAUCUUUUAUCAGCAAUGUGCAUAACAUUCAUUUAAAUAGAGCUGUUGUAAUAAUAAAAAGACUGUGCAAUACCUAAA